GCAGAAACCACUAGAACCAUGGCGACUCCCUCUGCUGCCUUUGAGGCCCUUAUGAAUGGAGUGACAAGCUGGGAUGUCCCCGAAGAUGCUGUCCCGUGUGAACUGCUCCUUAUUGGAGAGGCCUCAUUUCCUGUGAUGGUGAAUGACAUGGGCCAGGUGCUCAUUGCUGCUUCCUGCUAUGGCCGAGGCCGCCUGGUGGUCGUAUCCCAUGAGGACUACUUGGUGGAAGCCCAGCUCACCCCCUUUCUCCUCAACGCUGUGGGGUGGCUUUGCUCUUCCCCUGGGGCUCCCAUUGGUGUACACCCGUCCCUGGCACCAUUGGCCAAAAUCCUUGAGGGCUCUGGAGUGGAGGCAAAGAUUGAGCCAGAAGUGAAAGACUCCCUGGGGGUUUACUGUGUUGAUGCCUACAAUGAAACCAUGACGGAAAAGCUCGUCAAGUUUAUGAAACGCGGAGGGGGCUUGCUCAUAGGAGGCCAAGCCUGGGACUGGGCCAACCAGGGUGAGGAUGAAAGGGUUCUGUUCACAUUCCCUGGGAACCUUGUGACCAGUGUGGCUGGUGUAUACUUCACCGACAACAAAGGGGACACGAGUUUCUUUAAAGUCUCCAAGAAGAUGCCCAAGAUCCCAGUCUUAGUUAGUUGUGAAGAUGACCUUUCUGAAGACAGAGAGGAGCUCCUGCAUGGGAUUUCAGAGCUGGAUAUCAGCAACUCGGAUUGUUUCCCAUCCCAGCUGCUAGUGCAUGGGACUUUAGCCUUUCCUCUAGGGUUAGAUACCUACCAUGGCUGUGUGAUAGCAGCUGCCCGCUAUGGCCGGGGCCGGGUGGUUGUGACUGGCCAUAAGGUGUUAUUCAGCGUUAGUAAACUGGGCCCCUUUCUGCUCAAUGCUGUCCGCUGGCUGGAUGCGGGCCGCAGAGGCAAGAUCGUGGUACAGACAGAGCUGAGAACACUGAGCAGCCUGCUUGCAGUGGGGGGCAUAGAUACCAGCAUUGAGCCCACCCUGACCAGUGAUGCGAGCGUCUAUUGCUUUGAACCCAUGAGCGAAGUGGGGAUCAAAGAGCUGCAGGAGUUUGUAGCAGAGGGUGGUGGGCUAUUUGUUGGUGCCCAAGCCUGGUGGUGGGCCUUUAAGAACCCAGGAGUGUCUCCUUUGGCUCAAUUCCCAGGAAACCUCCUCCUCAACCCCUUUGGCAUCAGCAUCACAAGCCAAAGCCUCAAUCCCGGGCCCUUCCGUACUCCCAAAGCAGGAAUGAGGACCUAUCACUUCCGCUCCACCCUGGCCGAGUUCCAGGUUAUAAUGGGCAGGAAGCGAGGGAAUGUGGAAAAGGGCUGGCUGGCAAAGCUGGGACCAGAUGGUGCAGCUUUCCUGCAGAUUCCCGCAGAAGAGACCCCUGCCUAUAUGUCUGUGCAUCGACUCCUGAGGAAGCUGCUAAGUCGGUAUCGGCUCCCAGUAGCAACCCGAGAGAACCCUGUCAUCAAUGACUGCUGCAGGGGUGCUAUGCUGUCCCUGGCCACGGGUCUGGCCCACUCUGGAAGUGACCUCUCUCUGUUAGUGCCGGAAAUUGAAGAUAUGUACAGCAGCCCCUAUCUGCGCCCCUCAGAAUCUCCUAUCACUGUCGAGGUCAACUGUACCAAUCCAGGAACCAGGUACUGCUGGAUGAGCACUGGGCUGUACAUACCUGCAAGGCAGAUUAUAGAAGUCUCACUGCCCGAAGCUGCUGCCUCUGCCGACCUGAAGAUACAGAUUGGCUGCCACACAGACGACCUGACCAGGGCCAGCAAGCUGUUCCGAGGUCCGCUGGUGAUUAACCGGUGCUGCUUGGACAAACCCACAAAGUCCAUCACCUGCCUCUGGGGCGGCCUUCUCUACAUCAUCGUGCCUCAGAGCAGCAAACUAGGUUCUGUGCCCAUCACCGUGAAGGGGGCUGUGCAUGCUCCAUACUACAAGCUGGGGGAGACAUCCCAGGAGGAGUGGAAGAGGCGUAUCCAGGAGAAUCCAGGUCCCUGGGGGGAGCUGGCCACGGACAACAUCAUCCUGACGGUACCAACUGCCAACCUUCGUACCCUGGAGAACCCAGAGCCACUGCUCCGCCUCUGGGACGAGGUGAUGCAGGCUGUGGCACGGCUGGGAGCCGAGCCCUUCCCUUUGCGCCUGCCACAGAGGAUUGUCGCCGACGUGCAGAUCUCAGUUGGCUGGAUGCAUGCAGGAUACCCCAUCAUGUGCCAUCUGGAGUCAGUGCAGGAGCUCAUCAAUGAGAAGCUCAUCAGAACCAAGGGGCUUUGGGGCCCUGUCCACGAGCUGGGUCGCAACCAGCAGCGGCAGGAGUGGGAGUUCCCACCGCACACCACCGAGGCCACCUGCAACCUGUGGUGUGUUUAUGUGCAUGAGACAGUCUUGGGCAUUCCUCGAGGCCGUGCCAAUAUUGCUCUGUGGCCCCCAGUUCGGGAGAAGAGAGUCAGAAUCUACCUGGGCAAGGGUCCCAAUGUGAAAAACUGGAAUGCUUGGACUGCGCUGGAAACAUAUUUGCAGCUACAGGAGGCCUUUGGUUGGGAGCCAUUCAUCCGUCUCUUCACCGAGUAUAGGAACCAGACCAACUUGCCCACAGACAAUGUCGACAAAAUGAAUCUGUGGGUCAAGAUGUUCUCCCACCAAGUGCAGAAGAAUCUGGCUCCAUUCUUCGAGGCCUGGGCCUGGCCUAUCCAGAAGGAAGUGGCUACCAGCCUGGCUUAUCUGCCCGAAUGGAAGGAAAAUAUUAUGAAAUUGUACCUCCUCACACAGAUGUAAGGAGUGCCCAUCGAGGUGGCAGGCCCCACUGAAUUGAAGUCAAGAAAUACAAGAGGAAACUGACAUGUCUUGGCAAAGAACAUGGAAGGGAUUUGAUUAUAAGUGGAGAAGACCUCAACACAUUUCUGGAAGAGAGAAAGUGGAGGAAGCAUGCUAAUGAAUGAAAGAGUGAAGAUAUCUUUCAGACAGAAUAUAAGCUGAUCUGAACAACAUAACCCCAAAGAGACUCGGGCAUCUGAAAAGUCUAUCUACUCAAGAAUUAUACCAGUUGUAAAAUUGAACCCUAUCCUACCUACUCCCACCCUUGUGCACAGAACACAGUCAGCCUACUAUUGGUACCAGUUAAAAAUUUGUUGUUGUUGCCAUUGUUUGUGUAAAGGAGUUGAAUAAACUGCCUGAGAGGAAGUCAGAGUUAGUGCUCCAGAAUAAAAUUCCUCUUUUUUUUUUGGAAAUAACCAGCCCCUAGCCUAUCAGCUAGUUCUUUACUGACAGUUGGAGCCCCCUACUUGAGUGCUGAAUACUUCCAGGAGUGAAGAGGCUUACUGGAGAAACAGUAACAGAAACUUAUCCAUACAACAGCUAAGGAAACCCACACCCACUCCUGUAAAAGUCAAUAGUUACUUUGAUUCUUACUUGUGAAUGGUCAGCAAGGAAUUCCCAGACAUGGAGGCAGGGAGGGAACAGCAGAGGAGAAGCAUAAGUCACCAGGUAGAAUUAGAGGAAGAAUUAGGGGGAUUGAGAAAUAUGGCAAUCUCUGGAGGACAUAAAGUCAAUGUGGGAAAAAAUAACUUAAAAUUCUAAGUAUAUCUUCAGAGAGAUGUGAGGUAUAUUUGUAGGAUGAAUACAGGAUACCAUGAAGAAAGGGAAAAAUAAGAAUACAAGCCCUUUGAAAGUAAAAAAAAGACUGCCCAAAAUAUUAGCAGAUAGGCUAGAAAAUAAAAUUGAUGGAAUCUCCCCAGAUAUGGAGCAAAAAGAAAUAGACAGAAAAUAUAAAAGAAAGAAAGAUGUAGACAAUAUCUAACUGUUAGGAGUUCCUGGAAGAGAGAACAUAGAAAACAUAGGUGAAGAACAGAAAGAAAUAAGUCUCCAGAUUGAGGGGCCUAUACAACCUACAUCUUGACACAAUCUUGGAAAUUGUGAAAUAUUAAGGGUGGAGGUAGGAUAUUGAAAGUACACAGGGGGAAUAAGAAAAUUCAGUCAUCACAAUUAGUUCAACUAGAAAGGGAAGAGAAAUAGAUGAGCAGCAGAUUUUUCGUCAGCAACACUGAAUGCUACAAGUCAAUGGAGCAAUGUCUUCACAGAGCUUGUGAAAAACGUUUGUGCCCAGAAUUCCAUAGAAAGACAAACAGUCAAGAAUAACGUCAAAAUAAAGGCGUUUUCUGACAUGCAAGUCUUCAGAAAGUCUACCUCCUUUGCACCCUUACUGAGGAAGUACCUUGAGGAAGUUCUCCAGCAAAAUGAAGAUGAAAACCAGGAAAGAAAAAGAGGUGGGAUCCAGAUAACAGCAGACCUCACCCAGUAUGUCUCCCUCUAGAGUGACAAUUAUCCAGCAGACCCAUUGCAGAUGACAGCACUCAAGCUUGAGCCCUCUGGGAGGAUGUGCAUUCUGUGAUAUAGAUAGUUUCACUGGGAAACUGAAAUGUUCGAGAAUAUGGAAGACUUCAGUCUAUAACAGCAAAGAAAAGAAAAACAAAUUUAAAAUAUGCCAAAAAAUUCAGGUCCAAUUUUGAAGCAAAAUAAAAUAGGGCAUGAUUUUGAGUUACUCGUGGAGUGUGAGAAGAGACUGUUUGACUUUGGCGGUAGGUACAUUUCCUUUCUAGUGAUACAGGCAUCAUGACAUUGGGUGUGUAGGGAAGAAAAUAUCCUCGCUUCUACUUGGCUGUCAGCUAAAAGUAUGUACAUGGCCAAAAUAAUGUAGAUGCCAUUUAUUGGUAUUCAGUGUUCUGAUCAGCCUAUCCACAAGGCAUGAAAGGCUUAAUUUUUUAUUCAUAACUGAAGUUGAAAGUAACUAAUGCUGACAAGUUAAGGAAAAAGAAAGCAGGGUGAGGUUGAGAAUUAGUUGGGGGAUGGGAGGUGGAAGGAAGAGGAGAGCUACUUAUAUAUUCAAAGCGAGGAUGAGAAAAUAAGGUCUUCAGUUAAUGGAACAACAACUAGGGAGUUAGUGUAUUGUUCAAAGCUAUAAAUUAAGCCAAUAUUUGGAAAAUGAUGAGCAAAGGAAAGGUGGGAAUAGUGUAAGUUAAAUCCUUAUCUUUUGUAAUGGGGAAUUAUUAAAGAUUGUCUAAAGUUAAUGUCAAGAAAUUAUUGUCCAAACACAUUAUUUAAAGUUAGGAAGUUAGUUACCAGAAGAUUUAAAAAUAGAUAUUGUUAAAAGCAUUGCCUCUAGGGAAUGAAACUAGAGUUAAAAAGGGUGGAGUGGGAAACUGUGUUUUUCAUUUUAAGUCCUUCUGUACUAUUUAAUUUUUUAUCUUGUGCAUGUAUUACUUUGAAAAAGUUUUUAAUAAACUCAAAUAAAAGUCCUUCAGUGGCUUCACAUUGACUAAGAUACAAUCCAGCCAUACCCCUCAA